CAAGAAAAUUUCCUUCUUCUUUCUUCACACUGACCGAGCGAAACGGCGCCAUGUCGAACCUAGUCUCGGACCUCGUGAGUCGGGGCACCAAGUCGGUCCCAGCCCACUUUGUGAGGCCCGUCGGAGACCGUCCCAGCGUUACGGAGGAGGAGGAAGGCAGCAGCACCGGGGAGUCCUCUUUCACUAUGAUCGACCUCCAAGGCCUUCAUGGCCCCAACCGCGCCACCAUACUCAACACCAUCCAUGAAGCAUGCAAGAACGAUGGCUUCUUCCUGAUUAAGAACCAUGGCAUACCGGAUGAUGUCGUCAAUGGGAUGAUGGAGGUAUCCCGGGACUUCUUCCGGUUGCCGGAAUCCGAGAGGUUGAAGACCUACUCGGAGGACACGACGAAGACGGUGAGGCUGUCGUGCAGCUUCAACGUGAACAAGGAGGAGGUGGGUAGCUGGAGAGAUUACUUAAGGCUGCACUGCUACCCGCUGGAGGACCAUGUUCGUGAUUGGCCCUCCCAGCCUCCUUCCUUCAGGCAAGUUGCUAGUGAAUACUGCACCAGGGUGAGGAACCUGGCGCUGGAGCUGCUGGAGGCCUUAUCAGAGAGCCUGGGUUUGGAGACCAACCACUUGAACGACGCACUGGGAGGGCAUGGCCAACACAUGGCCAUCAACUACUAUCCACCUUGCCCCCAGCCCGAGCUCACCUAUGGCUUACCGGGCCACACUGACCCCAACGCCCUGACCAUACUCCUCCAGGAUGAUGUUCCAGGACUCCAGGUCCUCAAAGGUGGCAAGUGGGUGAGACUCAACCCCAUACCCAAGGUCUUCAUCGUCAACAUAGGAGACCAAAUUCAGGUUUUGAGCAAUGGGGUAUAUAAGAGCGUGCUGCACAGGGCAUUGGUGAACAGUGAGAGGGAGAGGAUAUCUAUCCCAACCUUCUACUGCCCAUCGCCUGAUGCUGUGAUACGGCCUGCUGAUGGGCUGGUGGAUGAGCAUAACCCUCCUCUGUACAGGAGGUAUCAUUAUAGAGAGUACUACGAGAGCUUUUGGGAUCACGGUCUUAAAGAUCAGAGUUGCAUUGAGAAAUUUACCAUUUAGAAAGAAUACCCAUCUCUCUCCUCUGUCUCUCUCUAAUUGCAUCUGCGUCUGCAUCUGUGAAAAAUAUUCUGAAAAUAAGGAAAACCAACAUGUUAUGCGGCAUCUAUGGAAAAUGUUCUAAAUA